AUGUCGUCGACAGUUACAACAGUUAACACAAUCGCUCACUGGCUUAACUAUGCUCUUGCUAUUCCGAUGAUCAGUUUGGGUAUUAUCGGAGCUCUUCUCACUAUACUGAUCUUUCUCGGACAGCAAUCAUUCCGUCGUAAUCCAACGAUACUUUACCUAUUAGCAGGUGCAGUUAUGACAGCAAUACAUUUACCGACGAUUUACCUUCAGAGUAUUCUGGUUGAUGGUUUCUAUCUUGGUCUCUUCAAUACAAAUGAUAUUGCGUGUCGGGAACGUAAUUACCUGUUCUAUGUGACAACCGUGGCAGCAAUUUCGUAUCCAUGUUGGGCAGCAUUUGAUCAGUAUGCUAGUACACAUCGUCAAGCGGAUUUUCGUUAUUCUUGGAGCUCCAUGCGGUUUGCUCGAUUCGCUAUUUUUGGCACUGUCGUUCUCUGGUCGAUUAUUUAUGCACCAUUGAUUUUUAUCAGUCAGAGUGUCAAUGGUGUUUGCAUUUUGUUAGAUGGCCCAUUGAAAUUCAUUCAUUCUUUUGUUUUGACACCCAUUGUUUUCAUCAUGGGGCCGCUUGUUCUCAUUGCAGGGUUCACAUAUGGCACCAUACGAAAUCUUCGUGCAACCGCUUUCGCCAGCCGUCACGAUCGUUUGACAAAACAAAUUCGUCGUAUGCUCAUUCCGCAAGUGGCUAUUCUAGCCAUAUUCGGUGUGCCAUUUGGUGUCAACUGCCUCUAUGAUGACUUAACGAGCAACGUACAAAAAGAUCCACUGCGCAAGGCUAUUGAACAUUUAAUUCAACAAAUCACUCGCUUAAUUUAUCAUGUUAUAUUUGUAUCCACGUUCUAUAUUUAUUUGUAUAUGUCCAUGGAAAUGAGAAAAGUUAUGGUGCGAAUGAUGAGAAAGUAUUUUCUACCACGUCGUAUUGCACCAUUAAACAGUUAUUUAGAUAAACCGCUUACAAUUCGAAGAACUAGACUAAGAACUAGUUCGAAUGCAAAUCGAUUUAACUAUUGA